CGCAGAUUUUUCCGACUGCAUUUAAUUUUUCGAUGAGCUCUAUCUGAAAGUGUCAACUACUGGCAUUUUAAAGUCAAAGCCGCAUACAGUCGAAGGAUGAUUCACACCAGUUGCUGAAGCACACACGUCCAAAACGAAAUGCACCCUAGCAGCGCAGAAUGCCAACAAUAUACAGACAGCAAGGACGAAACAAGGUCUGGCAUUUGGUUAAGUUUUGCGUUUGUAUAAUGGACUUCAACUCUCGACGACCUGUUGUGGUCUGCCGACACGGCUGCGUGGCCUCGACAGCCCUCGCCAGCCAAAUUGGACUGGACAUUUUGCUGCGCGGCGGCAAUGCUGCAGACGCAGCAGUGGCUGUGGCAGCAGCACUGAAUGUGACAGAGCCGUGUUCAACCGGCAUCGGUGGCGACGCCUUCUGCCUCUUCUACGACGCGCAGUCUGGCUCAGUCAAAGGGCUGAAUGGCAGCGGUCGAGCCAGUUCCCAGGCGACAUUGUCGUGCCUGGCAGGGCUUGGCUUCACCAAGGACUGCUUGUUUUCCAAACGUCACGGUCUGACUGUCACCGUGCCUGGGGCUGCUGCAGCCUGGGUCGACACAGUUGAGAACUUUGGCAGCGGCAAGCUGAGCUUGCAAGAGAUUCUACAACCAGCCAUCAGCCUGGCGGAAGAAGGAUUUCCGGUGCAAGAAGUCGCAGCUCACUUCUGGAAAUCGAGUGAGAGUUUAUUCCAGGCACCCAGCAAUCAACACGGGCGGGACAUGCUCCUGAACGGCAGAGCACCACGCCAUGGCGAGGUCAUGCGCAUGCCCUUCUUGGCGAACACUUUUAAGGAGCUGGCUUCCCAGGGUAAACCUGGCUUCUACUGCGGCCGUGUAGCGCGUGCAUUGAGCCAGGCAGUGCAGCAGCACGGUGGGUUGAUUACUGUAGAGGACCUGCAGGCGCACCAGACGACGUUCGACGACCCCAUCAGCACCAGCUACCGCGGCGUGCGCGUGUGGGAGAUGCCACCAAGCGGGCAAGGGCUGACGGCCCUCAUGGCCCUAAACAUCCUUGAGGGCUUUGACUUGCAGGCUCUGAGACCCAAUAGCGCCGAGUACCUUCACCUCGUCAUCGAGGCCCUUCGCCUUAGUUUUGCUGAUACCAUGUGGUACAACGCUGACCCCAGUCACGUGACCGUUCCUGUCCAAGAGCUGCUGAGCAAGGACUACGCUGCCAGGAGGAGAGAUCUGAUCGACCCUGACAGGGCCACCGCCGAUGUGCUGAAAGGGUCUCCUUUCACCUCCAGCGACACCGUCUACUUCUGCACUGCCGACGCCGAUGGCAACGCCUGCUCCUUCAUCAACAGCAACUAUAUGGGCUUCGGCACAGCCAUUGUGCCUGAAGGUUGUGGCUUCACAUUACAGAAUCGAGGCUGUGGAUUCUCGCUGGAUCCCGCCCAUCCCAACGUCAUGGCCCCCAACAAACGACCAUACCAUACUAUCAUCCCAUCCCUAGUCACCAGCGACACAACAGGUGAGUUGCUGAGUGUCUUCGGCGUAAUGGGCGGCUUUAUGCAGCCUCAAGGCCAUGUACAGGUCUUGCUGAAUCAGGUGGAAUUCGGCAUGAACCCACAACAAGCACUGGACCAGCCUAGAAUCUGCUUGGAAGAUGUUGACAGGGACGAUGGCGUUCAUGUCGGCAGCAUCAAUAGCAAGGUGCUGCUGGAAGAGGGCAUCGCAGAUGAUGACGUUCAAAUGUUGAGGACCAUGGGUCAUCCUGUUUCCAUCGCUUCCGGGUACAAGCGCAGCAUCAUGGGAAGGGGCCAGGUGAUCACGCGCGGGGCCUGGUGGGCCAAGCCGUCAGGAGGUGCUGACGUGUGUUCAGACGCUGCUGUCUACUGGGCGGGGUCGGACCCAAGAGCUGAUGGAUGUGUAGCCGCCUAUUAAGUGUUGAGAGGUCAGCGAGGCUGGCACGUUCGCAAAAUCAAGCUAGGGGACUUUUCGCCAAAGUGGGGUGAUUAAAUUUCUUCGCUUAGGCUCUUGCUUAUCUGUGGGUUAUCCAAGAAAAUGGCAGCCAGUGACACAAAGUUAUAAACAUCUCAUAUUCAGAUGGUACAUCAUCGGCCAAUAAAUUCACACGAAAAUCGCUUUACUGAGAAACACGAAUAGAUAAUCAGUUUUAGUGGUUAGGUAACUAGUUAAUACCCAGGAAACGACUUGCGUCUUCUGGUAAAGUAUUUUUAAAGCUUGGCGAUAUUUUGAGGAAACUUUAAAGAACUGUUAAACUUCGACAAUUACAUAUACUUUACAUUUUUCAUCAAUUUAUUACCGAUUAUUGACGAUGUUUAGACUGAUUUAUAUAGAAGGAACUUUUAUUAGUAAAGUUUGAUCAUUUUUAACGAAGAAAUAUUUGGAUGUAUUAUAAGCACACAUUUUCAUGGGAAUAAAACUGUGUGUAACGUUAUCCUUUUUGAAAAUAGGUGGCAUCCGUAGAAAAGCAAAGCGCAGCUAGUCGUAUACGCAUUUUCAUGUUAUUGUGACGACUCUUGGAAAGCUUAUUAGACUUGUUUCAACUGAAGAGCCUUCCAUUUAUACGUAAGCUACCACUGGCUUUCCAUUUUUGCGGUGUUGUUUUCCUGGAAAACAACACAGUAGGGAAGUUUUUCAUUCCAUCUAAAAUCAGUUUUGGUGAUGUCUCCUGAGAAUUUUGUUAUUGGUGGUUGUAGCCACUCCGCGAUCAUUUCUACUUCAGGUACACGAUAACCAGCGUCAUUUACAGUUUAUUUGGUAUGUUUACUUCUGAUGCAGUUCUAAGUCAUUGAUGUAUGUAUCGUGUAAAUAGAAUUAGGAGUGAGGAUGAUAGAGCAUAUGCAGGAUGAAUGCAUACUCUUGCAGUAUAAUGUUUAGUUUGAAAAUAAGAAUAAAAUCUCAACCAUGCUGUACCAA